AUGACGUUCGCCAGUCUUUUGCUGAUCGCCAUGCCGAUCAUAUGGGCGUACACUUUCAAGGACUACUCGAAUUCCUGCUCUUCCCCACUCGCCUUUCUCGUCGCUACCGUACUCAUAGGAGCUUUUCCCGUCUUGAGCUCCAUGAAAAAGGGCUGGAUUAGAGAAUUUAUCGGGUGCACGCUGAUCCAACAAUAUGCGUUUCUGUUUUUGGACUCUGCAUUUCAAGUGAGUCUACCGACUAUUGAAAUGAAUUUUUGUGGUAAAGUACCUAACUGCAGAGACUUUCCUACUGUCUUCUCAUGGCCACCUACGCUUCUUGCCAAUUGGUCUACAAUGUCAACCGCCCCGGACCGGCAUCCAAACUUGAUAACUUUUGUCACUGGUAUUUUCACAUCAACCUUGUUUCUGUAGCUGCAUUAGGAACUAUCACUUUUGGUAACUAUUACAUUUUCAAUUGA